AUGGGCUUACCUGCGCCUGUUGCCCGUGGGGGCUCCGUGAUACCGAGGAAACAAAUUAGAAAAUCUCGCCGCCUUUUCGGAGAACCGGUGCACGACGACACACAGAGCGGAUGUGGUGCCGCAGCCAACCGCUCUGACAUCUAUUGCUUCGAUAUUUCCCUCACACCUCACACCGACUCGUGCGCACAGCAGUCUCUACCGUUCUCGGCUUCACCUGUGUAUCAGGUUCCCCGCCACCAGAUGCCAGCAGGAUCGGCUGCGGCGGCAGCAGCAACAACGGACGCACCAGAUGAUCGCCUCCUCGUCGUGGUGACGGGAGGCUCCAAGGGGAUCGGUCGGUCGUGCGUGGAGUCCUUCGCCAGGCGCGGCGCGCGGGUGCUCUUCACCUACUGCUCCGACGCGAAAGGGGCGGAAGCGGUCGCCGCGUCCUUCCAGCCCGCAGGAGUCGUGCAAGGCCGUCGGCUCGACCAGGGAGACUUCGACAGCGUCAGGGCGUUCGCCGCCGAGGUAGACCGGUGGCGGGGAGGCAGGGAGAUCAGCGCUGUAGUCAACAACGCCGCGCUUGGGAGCUCCACCGUGAGCAACUACUGCGGCCUGCCGCCUCCGGCCCCUGUUUCUUCUUCUCGCCCGGCCGCCGCCCACCAAGAUGGAGCAAGCGGAGGAGGAUCAACGGCAGACGACGAUUUUGAGGCAGCCCGCAGACGCGCGGACGAGGACAUGGCCUUGAUGCGCGUGAACGCCCUUGGCCCGAUGUGGGUCACGGAAGCGUUGUUGCCGAUGAUGGUGCCGAGGUCCAGGCCUGCCGGGGAGAACGAGGAUCCGUUGACGGGGGCAGAGGCCACUGAAACAGCAGCAGCAGCAAACGGAGGUGGACGAGAAGGAGCUUCGGCGUUCCCAUGCGCUCUCGGGAGCACAAAAAAAAAGAAGACGGUCUUGUUCGUAGGCUCGGUCGGCGGCGGCUCCCACGCCGUCUUCCCGGGGUUCCGCUACGCGGACGCCAUGAGCAAGGCCGCCGUCGCCUACGGUGCCAAGUACAUGGCGGCGCGCAGCCGCCAGCUGCGGCAGCAGCAGGACGCCGGGCGGGACGCUACCGCGCGCGCCGACAACGGCUCCUCUGCUGGUGCUGCGGGCGGCGCUCAAGCGGCGACGGCGGCGACGGCUGAGUCCGACUUCGACCACCCGAGCGGGGGCGUCGACUUCCUGUGCCUGUGCCCGGGGGCGACCCUAACGGACAUGCUUCGCACGAGCACGCUGGACGCGAUUGAAGCCAGGGGCCCCGGAGAGCUCGAGCGCUUCCUGCGGGCGCUGCCGCAGGGGCGGCUCAUGCUGCCGGAAGAGGUUGGGGAAGCGGUGUACUGGUUCUGCUCCUCCCCCGCGGCGACCAUGUUCCACGGCGCCGUCAUCGACGCGUCCGCCGGGCUCGCGGUCCGACCGGGGGCUCUCACGGAGUAUACCUUUUCGUCUUGAAAUGGCUGGUCUUUAAGGCUGUAUAUGGAACCCGCCAUGCUUCCGGGCAACGAUUGGGUGUUGGACUAGUGUGUGAUCGUAUAGAUCCUGUUUUUUCGUAAUUGGCAGUGAUGUAUAGUACGGCGGUUUCGAUAUGGUCUAUACCUAUCCUUACGGCCAGUGUUUCCUCUUUCACAUGAUGUGACUAGUUCGCGAGAGGGAGGGCGGAAACCUGCCACGUUCCAUGUUUUUCCGGGUAUCGAUAUCCUUGUUCCGUGAACGGCUAUUGCCCCCCAAAAUACAAUUUGAGAGCAGGUCCAUAGGAGGUGUGUCAUACAAGGUUGCGCGCCUCCUGUUGCUCUUCCCGUUGCUGCAAACAGCAGAACACUGGAGUAUCGCAUAGGGUAAGCCAACCGUUGACCGGUUGGGGCCUUUCCAAUUCUGGAUUGGAACCAGGAUGCGAGAGUCCCAACCCCCUGCAAGGCGAAACGUAGGAUUCUUCGAGAACGCGCCCUGGGACGAUUGGAUGAUGUUGGUAGGUCUAGAUAGGGAUGGGGGGUCGAUCUCCCCAAGAAAGUGAUAACAACCCAUGGCACGGAGUAUUUUUGACGGGCCAACAACGUAGGUUUCCACCGUGGGGUUGCAUCUACGUUGCCAAGGGAGCUGCGAGGCUUGGAUUGCAGCCUUGUUUCGUUGUACUGUAAGGGUCUACGCAUCUGUCGUUCUUGUGCUGUUUUCGGUGGUGUUUUUUUUGCUGCAAUUUCUCUUUCAUGAGCCAUGCGUUUAUCCGAGACUUCAUGAGGCAAUUGUUGCGCCAACAGGUCACGGCAAGAGUAUCAGUAUCGCUUCGGGGUGAAUCUUGCGGCACCAUCCGGCACGUUGGCGUUGCGCAGUGGCAGGCAUGGUUCGUGUCUUUGCCAGCAAGAGUACCCAGAUGGUGCUCCAUGUUCCAGUUUCUGGAACAGAUUUUGAGGAGAAAAAAUGACGAAAACAACAUCACAUGCAUACCAGCAACAAUAUUCUUCCGGAACGGAUGCGUUCGAUU